AACACUACAUUUUGCGUUUAUUUUUUUGUUCAGUGUAUAAAUAUUACAAACAUUUUUACUUUACGACAUUAUGCAUAACAUAAAAUAGCCUAUUUGAUACACACAUAAUGAAUUCAUGUUGACCUAUACACUUAAAAAAACAAACAUAAUCCAUCAUGCAAAUGAACAAUUCUUAAACGAUGUAUUGCAAAUAACUUACUAGUUCUUAUUGCACCUACAGGUAGGCUACACUCAAUGUGCGGUGCUGAUGAACAGCGUCAAACAAUGCCCCCCUCCCUCAAACACAAGAAUAACUUCUCCCGAGUUUUCACCCCCUCGCCUUGGACCAGUCCGAAACAGAACAUCAUGGCGAUUGAUGGUGGUGGUGGGAGGAGCUGUGGGGUGCAUGAGCUCAUCUGUGCCAGACGAGUGUCUCCUGAGCUGCUAGGGGUCCUGUCCUCCAUUGCAGUCUUCAUGGGCCUGAUGGCUCUCUUUUUUCUUUACCUCAGCAACAAGCUGUCUGUGGAGAGCACAAGCGACCUGUCAUGUCUGGGCGACUAUAGGCCCGACCAGCAAGACCAGAGCUGCCCAGAACGUGGCUCUGAGGACGAUAGUGAGGAGGACAGACCAGGGAGACACUCUGAAUCUUCUGCCCAGCACAGAGCCUCAGUCUGGGAUAACAGACAGAAACACACCAGCGACCACAGCAGUGAAGCCUCCAAUGGACAAACCAACAAUAUCCAGCGGAUGAGACGGGGCUCCCCCCUCAACGAGAACCAGCCUCCCCCGUAUCAGGACGAGGAUAGACCGGUCCGCGUGUCUCUCUCGCGGUCGGAGGUAGGGGGUCUGGGGGAGUCGAACCCUGACGGCAAUGGUACACGGCGCUCAAGCAAGGCCAGCGUUGACCAGGACACUGCGAGUUACCUCAACAAGGUCUAUGAUGAGGAUGUACCUAGUGACAGCACUGCCGUCCUGGGACCAGAGGAUGAUUCACCCUCCCAGCUCCCCGGUGGCUAUGAGCCCGAGCCACUGGCUAAGUACGGCACACUGGACGUGGCCUUCGAGUAUGACUCGGGCAAGCAACACCUCGCCGUCACUGUCACUGCGGCAACCGACAUCCCCGUGCUCAAACAGACAGGCAACAUCGCGUGGCAGGUACACCUGGUAUUACUGCCCACUAAGAAGCAGCGGGCCAAGACAGGGGUGCAGAGGGGGCCGUGCCCAGUGUUCACAGAGACCUUCCGCUUCUCCCGGGUGGAGCAGGAGGCACUGGCGGACCACGCCGUCCGGUUCCGCCUCUACAGCGUCAGGAGGAUGAAGAAGGAGAAGGUGUUGGGCGAGAAGGUUUUCUAUUUGAGUAAACUCAACCUGCAGGGCAAGAUGGCGCUGCCCGUUACACUGGAGCCUGGCACUGCACUAAUGGGCUGUGGGUCAUUGGUGAGUGUGUCCCGUAGUGCAGGGGCUCUAUCCUACCGUUCCACCGGGGACUCCUCCCCAGAAAUUCUACUGGGCCUCAUCUACAACGCCACCACUGGUAGGCUCUCUGCAGAGGUCAUCCAGGGCAGCCACUUCAAAAACACAGCCUCAGACAAACCUCCCAGUGGUCUGUUCUGUUGUAUGAAACGGUUCAUCGGGGGACAACUUUACAUCAUGAGAGACACCUAUGUGAAGCUGACCAUGCUCGACUCCAAGGGCAAGGAGAUGUCCAAGUGCAAGACGUCAGUUUGCCGCGGCCAGCCCAACCCCACUUACAAGGAGACCUUUGUCUUCCAGGUGGCCCUCUUCCAGCUGUCCGAGGUCUCCCUGGUGGUGUCCGUGUACAGCCGGAGGAGCAGCACGAAGGCCAGGGAGAGGGUGGGCUGGGUGUCCCUGGGGCUCAACAGCACCGGAGAAGAGCAGCAGGCCCACUGGAGCCAGAUGAAGGAGGCCGGGGGACAGCAGGUGUGCAACUGGCACACGCUCUUGGAAUCUUGAACAGGUCUUUAUGAGAAUCACAAGAUUUCAUCUCGGUGACACAGGAGGAGAAAUUAUAGGGUAUCUUGAUCUCGGUGUUGAAAGGGGAUUGGUUCCUUGACCUUCCGUCAGAGAUGCAGACGAGGAACCAUCUACCAAUGCUAUGCAUAUGAACCUGGAAUGGGGAUGUGUGUGAGGGUGCAGCGCUAUGAGAGGCACGUGGAUUCCACAUGGAGUUGCUGUUCAUUAAGUGCACCUGGUCACCCGGGCGCUUUCCACCCAGAACCUAUGCAUAUGAACCUGGAAUGGGAUGUGUGUGAGGGUGCAGCGCUAUGAGAGGCACGUGGAUUCCACAUGGAGUUGCUGUUCAUUAAGUGCUGCUUUAAAUACCCUUUAAUAUGGAAAAGAGCCACUUGACCUGAGAAAGACUGACUGGUUCUAAGCAAUGACUUCCUGCUCCUGUCAUGGUCAAUGGGGACUGUCAGACUGAUCUUUUAAUACAACAGCUGAUAGACCUCAGUUAUGAACUGGUCCUGAAAUGAACACAGCGGGUCCUGAUCCAGUCUCUGAUUGAUGCCAAUUUUGUGUAAUUCAUUUCCCAUAUUCUGGUCCAUAAUAAUAUUUUUUGCAUGUAAUUGUUUACAGAAGAUGAUCAAAAUACGACCAUACACAUCUCGUACAAUGGACCAUUUUCAUCCUGAACCGAGGACCAAAGAGUGUGUGGAAGAACAAUGACCAAAACAAGCCAGCCCCCUCACAUUCUUCUGGAGUUGUACUGGCCAUAGAAAUAGAAUUACAAGAAGGGGAAAAGCCCCUCAGACCACUGCAAUUUAAAUGAUACAAUCAUGGAUUCACUCAAUAUGGCCGACAUGGUAAUUCUAUUUCUAAUGGUACUGACUUCUAAUAACACCAGCAUCAGUCAUUUCUCAACUGACGCUCACAGCCAUUGGUAACAGGUAUGAUGUUACCAUGACUGUUAAAGCCAGCUGGGCCUGUAACAACUAUGCUAACGAGCUAUGCUUAUUUUUUUUACACUUUGACAUUAUGCAACAUUUGACUGAUUUGUCAUUUUUAUUUUUGAGUUCUUUUGACAGCCGUUUCACCUCCCGUUAUAAUAGCGUGUAUUAUCUUGUGUGCAUGUGUUCAAGAACACCAAAUACAAAGUACAUCUUCAGAAUCACAUUUAGCAUCAUUUGAGAAUUUUUGUGGCUCACUGAAUCAGACAACUCUGUAACCAACACAAUCCUUAUAAAAGACCCAUCACCUUUCGUGUAUUA